CCUGCUGCGCCCUGGCUGCGUCGGUGCUGCUCCAUCCCCGGAUCGGAUCACGGUGAGGAAAAAAUGAGCGAAGAGACGGCGAAUUCUAACAACGAUAAUAGUUAUGCCCGUGUGCGAGCUGUGGUGAUGACCCGUGAUGACUCAAGCGGUGGAUGGUUACCACUUGGAGGGGGUGGUCUAAGCUAUGUCACCGUUUUCAAAGUCAUUCACCAGGAAGAAAAUGGCUGUGCUGAUUUUCUUAUACAUGGGGAGCGUCUCAGGGACAAAACGGUGGUUUUGGAGUGUACGUUGAAGAAGGACCUUAUUUACAAUAAGGUUACGCCAACUUUUCACCACUGGAAAAUAGAUGACAAAAAAUUUGGCCUGACAUUUCAGAGUCCGGCUGAUGCAAGAGCAUUUGAUAGAGGCAUCCGUAGGGCGGUAGAAGAUCUUUCCCAAGGUUGUCUGACGUCACAUGAUGAAAUUGAAGUACCUGUAGAUGGCUUUCCAGCUAUUCCAGAAAGCAUACCGAGUUUGCUAAUGAAAGAUCAUCUUUUCCAACAUGAACCUGGAGUGAGCAAUGAUUCUUACAAAAGCUUAAGUAUAAGACCCUCAACCUUUGAAGAUUUCAGCUCAAGAAGACCGUUUUUCCACAACCAAUCCAACCAGAUACCCCUGAAGCCAGUCAGGAAUGUCAGUUUUCAGGACGAUGAAGAAAUUGUUCGAAUAAACCCUCGUGACAUCUUAAUACGCCGCUAUGCAGACUAUAGGCACCCAGACAUGUGGAAAAAUGACUUGGAUAGGGAUGAAGGCGACGCCUCGCUGCAGUGUCCCAAGGCAGAUAGUAAAAAACCAGACUAUCUGUACCCUUCCGGGGACGGAACUAAGUUGAAUUCACUAAAAGAUUCCAAGUGUUCUGUGGUACUGAAAACGCAGCCUUCCUCGUUCAAAUUGAAAAAGUCGAAAAGGAGGAAAGAGGACGGGGAGCGCUCUCGCUGCAUAUACUGCCAGGAAAGGUUUAAUCACGAAGAGAAUGGCCGGGGCAAAUGCCAGGACGCUCCCGAUCCCAUCAAGAGAUGCAUCUACCAAGUUAGCUGCAUGCUUUGUGCUGAGAGCAUGCUCUACCAUUGUAUGUCAGACUCGGAGGGGGAUUUCUCUGACCCCUGCUCUUGUGACACUAGCGACGACAAGUUCUGCUUGCGAUGGCUCGCCCUUGUCACGUUGUCUUUCAUUGCGCCGUGUAUGUGCUGCUACCUCCCCUUAAGAGCGUGCCACCAUUGUGGUGAGGUCUGUGGAUGCUGCGGAGGGAAGCAUAAAGCGGCUGGAUGAACCAGUCUGGUACCACGUUUGGGCUAACAACGUCUUUAUUUUCAGGAAGUAUCUAACUCGUGGAAGCAUUUGGCAAGCAGAAGGGGGAAACCUGUCGUGUAUGAAAGGUCAAUUCUGAAAGAAGCAUCAGAACUUGUUGCAUUGUAGGAAUGCUGGCCACGCCGAAUGAUCUGCUUUUAAGUGCAUGGUGCAAGUUGUGUCGGGAGUUCUUGCGAAAGGAAAGCCUUUUCUUAACGAUUGGUGGUUGAAAGAAGUAUAAACUGCAGUCCGUACUAUAAGGGAUCAACUUCAGCAAUUUGUACAUAUUGAGGUUAGGUGAUGGGGGCUGUUGAAAGAAUCUAUUUAGCAGAAAAUUUAACUCAACCUGCAGUAGCGAGAGCUGAUUUAAAACUAAGGAAAGUUUAAAACUUGGCGACUGCAAGAAACUAAAUUGAUUUUAAAUGCAACUAAAUUGCUUAUAAAUAGUUUUUUGGAAACAACUUUAUGUACAAAUAACAAAUGUUUAUAUUUAACAAAAUAUAUGGUACGAAUUAUUAAAUCUUCCUUCCCCUUUCCAGUUGCAACACAGUUAUGGACCACAUUUCCAGUCACAUUCCAUGGUAGUAUUUCUCGAUAUUUAACUAGUUAACUUAGUAGCAUUUCUAUUCAAAAUGGACAAAUCAAUAUUUUCAGUCUUGUUUCCCUUCAGCUACAUUUUUGUAUUGAGUUCUCUCUGUACAUUCUGGUAAUCUGAAAGCCUUUAAAAUAUUAAUUAUUGUAGUCUUGAAUGACCAAUGUUUUGUUAAGCACAGGUGUAAUUGUCUAAUGCUCUUAUAAGAACAUAACAUUUAUUUUUAUAUAUAAAUUACUCUGUAUUCAGCGAAAUGGCAAAGGAGUUUUUUUCCUUUCUCAACCAGCAAAUUUUCUUCUAGGGUUUCCUUGAUUUCAGAUGUUUGGGGAAAGAAAAAUACAACAAAAUAAUUGUCAUAAUAUAUAUUUAUCAUGCAAUUCAACGGUACCAAUUAUUACUUCAAACUAGCAAAAGAACAAAAAAGCAUCCAUUAUUCUAAUCUUAUUUGGCCUAUCAGAAAUUUACAAUACUCCGUAUAUCAAACUAUAACCCAGGUAGGGAAAAGCAAAUGAAUUUUUUGUGAAUGGAAGUGGGUUUUAUUUUGUCUUUGUUGUAGCAUAUUAAUAAUGAAUGUUUAACUUAACAUUUGGCUAUGUGCUCUAAAUACCAAUUUGGGGAAAUUUCUAAAUGUCAUCCAUCAUAUAACAUAGCUGAGUAUACAGGUUUUUAAUUAAUAAAACUCUCUAAAGCAGUGAAGCAGUCAUUCAUUCAAAAUCGUUAAUGGGUGGAGGGGAAAAACCAUGUGUUUAAUAUGCUCUUACAAUUAAAAUUAUAAUUGCACACUACCUUUUCUUUUAUUUCCAUGCAUUUUUUCCCCAGUGAAAUGUUUUGGUUUAUUUUCUUCCAAAGACCAUGUUCAAUCAUAGGAAUCUUUCCUUCCCCUCCUCUUCUCAGAGCCCAGGUAUCAAACUGAACAACUGUAUAUAACACUAUCUGUAAAAUACUUUUUUAAAGAAAGCAUUUAUAUUUAUAUGACAGCUUGAACUGACAACGUUAUGUACAUAGAUCAUCUUGAAGUAUUAUUUCACAUUGAAAAGAAGACAAAUAUAUUGAUAACUAUAGAAGUUAAGAGCUCCUUUCUAGUUUUGUACUUUAAAAAAAAAGCCUGUAUGGAUAACCGAAGUCAGCAAACACGACACUGUAGCAGCAAUCUCUUUAAAUCCUUUCCUUUUAUAUAUUUGAGAACUGCUGCUCCAGAAGACUUUCACGCUUCACAUAUUGAGCUAAACUUGGUUGCCUAGAUAGACUGUUAACUUUUUUUCCAAAUAAACAAACAAAAACGAGACAGAGAUUCGUAACCUGCAUUUCACUGUUGACAUAGGACCUGCAUCUUGUGAUAUAGCAUUUACUAAAACAUUAUGCUUUUAAUUAAAAAUGGAGCAUGGUAUCAACAACCCAAGAAAAGAACUUGCUGGCUGUACAGAAAAGUCCUUUGGAACUUUGUGUGUAUGUGUGCGUAUGUGCGUACUUUGGGAAGAGACAAAUCUAACCAUUUUCUAUGAGCACUCAUCAACAUAGUGCAACUCUUGGUUCUUGUAGUAGUGAAACCUUAUAUGCUUUAAAAAAAAUUACUGAAUAUGUGCAUUAAUAUUUUCAGUAUAUAUUUAACCACUUUGCUGCUAAACAUUUACUAUCCUUUACUCUUGAAGAAAUAUUAUUCCUAUUUUGUUUUUUUUAAAAAAAUACAAAUUAAUAUGGAUACUGGUAUAUAGGUUGUGUUAUUUGCAACUGAUCUAAUUUGAAAUAAUUGCAUCGGUUCAGUAUCUGGUUUCAUGGAUUGUGUGAUGUCGGCCACAUUUCUGUAUGUUUAGGCUUUUGCUUUAACGGGGGAAUUUCUUAACUAACUGUGGCCAACUCACAUAUGAAGUUGCCUUAUAGGGAGUCAGACCAUGGGUUAAUCCAUCUCUGUGCUCAAAUUAGUGGUCAUUUUUCAAGAUCUCAUCUGCUAACUGAGGUGCUUUUUUAACUGGGGAUGCCAGUGAUUAAACUAAGAAAUGAUGUAUGGCUCUAUCUUCCUGGAACAAACCAUUGAAUCGCCACUUCUCAAUCCACUAAUUCUAAUUCAUAGAAUCCGCCAUGGAGUUGUUUUGUUGAAUCUCAUGGAUUUCAGUGCACUUAAUUUUUUUUGUCCUUAAAUCGGAUUGUGGCCCCUGUGUGCAUUUUAUCUUUUCACCCUGCUUUCUCAGAAGGAGGCUGGGUUAGGGACAAAGAGUCAACAGAUAAGAGGUUUACUGUAAAGCAUGUAAAUUCAGGUGCCUUUUAAGGUGUAAUGUAAUGAGGGACUUUUCUCCAAGCCUAUAUCAACUCAUGUGCAGUAAUUGCCGAAGGAUGUUCAGGUUUCAGCCUCCUAAAAGGUGCUACCUGAAAGAAGGAGUGUUCUGUCUGAGGUGAAAGCAGCUAGCUAUAACAUUAGGGUACCACCUACUGGACAAACAUGAUUUAGGAAACUUAACUUUAUUCAUGCAGCCUAUAUAUAUAUACACACACACACACACACACACACACACAAACACACACACACUUUCUCUGAUAGUUGUUUAAAACAUCAAUGCCAAAAUAGGGGAUGGAAAGAGAUCCUUGCAAUUUCAGCAACUGCAGUUGUUUUAGACACAAUUGAAUUAAUAAACAUGUCCCAUUGAAAGUCCAGUAGUGUAAAACAAGACAUUCUUACUAUCAGGCUUUGUGGAAAUGCAAAUGUUCCAGACCAAAAUAAAACAAUAGCUGGAAGUUUCUGGUUCCUCCCCACCCCACCCCCCAUCCUGUUAAUUGACAUUGUUGGUGUUAUUCCAGAAGAGUCAUUCUUGAAAGUUUAGAAGAUUAUAUUCCACCUUGCAAAACAGUGAGCCUUUAACUUUUCUAUAUUAUUUUGUUGUUAAAAAAAAAAUCCCCACAAAAGCCUACGUUUCUGUUUCAUAUAGAAAUCUUUGAGCCAGUAGUUCUAAAACUUAGGGCCUUGAACUUGAAUGAAAACAGUCAUGAGUUGUACCACACGUGUCCCGCUAUCCACCUGUUUGUUAUGCAGAAAUUCACUUAUCUAGACACAGUUAUUCACAGCUGAUUCAGAUAUUUGAAUAGCUGGAGUUUGCCCACUUCCUUACAUGUUAGUGCUGUGCUGGUGUACGGCAGCCGUUUUUGGGAAGAAACCAUACAGAGAGAGUGCAGACAAAUCAGUUUUUCAUUUGUCUCUAUUUCAUAGCUGUCAACUUUCCCCUUUUCUUGCGAGGAAUCCUAUUCGGAAUAAGGGAAUUUCCCUUUAAAAAAGGGAAAGGUUGACAGCUAUGCUCUAUUUUGCUGGCUGGCUGCAGCCAUUUUGGGCAGAGGGGAGAGAGAUUACGGAUUAGAAAUGUUCCCAUAGGGAAUGGAAAUCGCCAGCUCACUGUGUGAAUGCUUGCCUAACAAUUUCCUGGGAAUGCAUUGUGUUCAGAAAGUGAACUGUGUGUAUUUUUCCCACCAGCCAACACCUGGGGCACUUGAAUGUUCUGGGCCCCUAAGCGUUGCACAUUAAAGUUAUUUGGAGGUAGUGUCACCUUUACUUCACUUCUCAUCCCAACAGAAUUUUGAAUUUGCAUGAUUUUUUGAGAAACCUUCUUCUGUUCCUCCUUCAGAACCAAUGUUAAGAUUUGUGCCCUAGUGUAUACAGAUCCUUGCAUAUAGCAGCUUCAUUACCUGCAAUCUCGCCUGUGAAAGAGACUUAUUCUUGCUGGGUCAGAAGGUCUCAGAGGACGCAGAUACUUUAAAAGUGGUGCCCAAGUUCAAAGCAAAUUUAGAUCUAGAGCACAGACUUCUGUAUUGACCAAACUGCACACUUUCAAACAGCAAUUUCAGAUAUUUUUGCAUGCUGGAAUGCAACAUUCCCAUUUUUCUUCUAUAAUCUUUCUGUGAGUAAUCCUGUAUGUGUGUACAAGGAAGAAAAACCUCGAGAACUCCCCAUGUAAAUAAUACACAAUGUUUGUGUUGGUCUUUCGAUCUCCAGAGAACAUAGAACACUGUAUAUAUGGAGUCUACAGUGGUCCACACACUCUUGAGGGAGAAGAAUAAAGGAGAUGGUUUAGUAUUCCAAUUAGUACUAUUAAAGUUGGCAGCCUGGUGGUUAAAACUUGCAUAUGCUUUUUGGUGCACUGAUGAAGUAGCAUUUAAAUGGCAUCUCCCUCCCCCCCCCCUCAGCAUCUUAACUGCAAUAGCUGUGGUUAGCUUUGGAAAUUAAAACAAAACCUAGUGGGGAAAACUUUGUAUUGGGAGCUGCAGCAUAAUCUGUACAUAGGUUUUUUCCCCUCCCUCUUGUUUGUGAAUAUUUUGCUUAGUGCAAUUUGCUUUCCACCCUAUUGACCUCAAAAAAGUGCCUCACUUGUAUAUUAUUUCCAUUAAAAUAUUAAUUGCUAUCUCUUUCUACUAAAUGAUGUAGGUUUAAGUUUUAAUUCCAUGCCAUAGAUGUAUUUCUUUCUAUGUAUAAGAAUAUAGCUGGUUACCUUGAGGACAUAAUGUAAAUACACAUACGAGUUUUAACUGUUUUGUUAUCAUACCCUUUGUAAGUUGCCAUACUGGAUAAUAUCAUAAAACAGAUUUAAGUUUCAAUGUUUUCCUGCAAUUACCUGAUUAAAACUAUCAUGAAAUUAAA